GCUUCUCCAGCUUCUCCAGUUACCACAACAUGCCAGGCUGUUGCCUAGUGAUGCUGCACUAUAUAACAGCUUCUUGCACUCGACGUGACCACAACAUCCCCAGCCACUCAUCUCAGGUGAACAAGGGACUUUUUAGAGAGACGAAAACAUGCGUGAGUGUAUCUCUGUCCACGUUGGUCAAGCUGGAGCCCAGAUAGGCAAUGCAUGCUGGGAGCUCUACUGCCUUGAGCACGGCAUUCAGCCAGAUGGUCAGAUGCCCAGUGAUAAGACCAUUGGAGGAGGAGAUGAUUCCUUCAACACCUUCUUCAGUGAGACUGGUGCUGGUAAACAUGUUCCCAGAGCUGUUUUUGUGGACUUGGAGCCCACAGUCAUAGAUGAGGUACGUACAGGCACCUACCGACAGCUCUUCCAUCCUGAGCAGCUGAUCACCGGAAAGGAGGAUGCAGCAAACAACUAUGCUCGUGGUCACUACACAAUUGGCAAGGAGAUAAUCGACCUGGUUCUGGACAGGACUCGUAAACUGGCUGACCAGUGCACUGGGCUCCAAGGUUUCCUCAUCUUCCACUCAUUUGGAGGAGGAACUGGCUCAGGCUUCACCUCUCUGCUGAUGGAGCGUCUUUCCGUCGACUACGGCAAAAAGUCGAAGCUAGAGUUUGCCAUCUAUCCAGCUCCUCAGGUGUCUACAGCUGUGGUUGAACCCUACAACUCCAUCCUGACCACCCACACCACCCUGGAGCACUCCGACUGCGCCUUCAUGGUGGACAACGAGGCCAUCUAUGACAUCUGCCGCAGGAACCUGGACAUCGAGCGCCCAACCUACACCAACCUCAACAGGCUGAUUGGACAGAUCGUCUCCUCCAUCACCGCAUCCCUGCGCUUCGAUGGCGCCCUGAACGUUGACCUGACAGAGUUCCAGACCAACCUGGUACCCUACCCUCGUAUCCAUUUCCCUCUGGCCACCUAUGCCCCGGUUAUCUCAGCAGAGAAGGCCUACCAUGAGCAGUUAUCAGUGGCAGAGAUCACCAAUGCCUGCUUCGAGCCAGCUAAUCAGAUGGUGAAAUGUGACCCUCGCCAUGGCAAAUACAUGGCCUGCUGUCUCCUGUACCGUGGCGACGUGGUGCCCAAAGAUGUCAACUCUGCCAUCGCCACCAUCAAGACAAAGCGCACCAUCCAGUUUGUGGACUGGUGUCCCACAGGCUUCAAGGUUGGUAUCAACUACCAGCCCCCCACUGUGGUUCCUGGAGGAGACUUGGCCAAAGUGCAGAGGGCCGUGUGCAUGCUGAGCAACACCACCGCCAUCGCCGAGGCCUGGGCUCGACUGGACCACAAAUUUGACCUGAUGUACGCCAAGAGGGCCUUCGUCCACUGGUAUGUUGGAGAGGGAAUGGAGGAGGGAGAGUUCUCAGAGGCCAGAGAAGACAUGGCUGCCCUGGAGAAGGAUUACGAAGAGGUGGGAACAGACACCGUUGGGGAUGAAGGGGAGGAAGAGGGGGAGGAAUAUUAAAAUAUAGAUGAACAAAUAAAACCGUACAAACUGAACAAACUUUGUUGCACAAUGUGUUAUCCAACUGUGAUAUUUUAGACAUUAUAGAGAGGGAUAAAAUGUGUUAAAUUGUUCAAGUGUGGGUGGCGGUGCAUGCACAAAAGUCAUCUCUGCAUUGUUGAUUAAUAUACCACUUGUUAUUCAUUUGGUCAAAAAAAAUUGUGAAUAAUGCUUAAAUAAAUGUCGUGUUUCCAUGGAACAGUUCAAAACUUACAAAUAUUUGUAUGUAUUUGCCUGACAAAUUUUUAAAUGUAUGAAUCUAACCAUCUAUCUUCUUUUUUUUAAGUGGCAUUUUUAAUUCUUUAAUAGACUGCUCAGUCUUUUUUUGUGGCGUUUCAGGCAAACAAUAAUCUUGUACAUUGUUGAAUCCUCCAUCAUUUUCAUGCCACUCCUUUGGAUCCACGUCACAUUAUUUAUUAAUCAUAUUCAGAUGAAUUGUUGUAAUGUGCAGCUACGCAUUGCUGACCAAACGUGAUAUAAUUGUCAAUAAACACAUGCACUUGCUCCAA